AUGACAAGUGAAGGUUCUUUAAUCGCCUUUGCAGCUGAUACAGACAAGGAAGCCACGAUAUAUGCAGCCAUAUCUGCCAAUAUCUGGAAUACGUAUAAGAAGAAGAAUGUAUAUACCGAACUUAAAUACCAAAUACUUCACUGUGAAGAAGUUGGCAAUAGCAAGGCUAUAAAUGAUUUAGGGAUAUUAAAAGCUAAAGGAGAAGCUAUAAAGAGUCAUUUAGAAGAGCCUUUACUACAGUUUGCAGCUUUAGGAUAG